AGUUACCUGAGGAAUUCAAAGGGUUUGGCUGCCCUGGUUGCUGAGUCUCUAGCAACAGCUGAAUCAAGGUGCAUAUUUGGGUCUCUUCUUGGAUAAACACUCCUUUGUCCCUUCCUGUCUGAGGGCAUUUGGUUUUGUGCUUGAAGAAGACAAGAUUGUGUCUUUUCAAAAUCACACUGACAUGGAAACAGUGAGUUCCUGUGAAAAGGUCCCCAUGGAAGUGCUUUAUGAACCAAAGAAUAUCUGCAAGGCAUUCCAGGAUAUUUCUACAUACUUCUCUGAUGAAGAGUGGGGAAAGCUGACUCAAUGGCAGAAAAGUGCCUACGUGUACAUGAAAAGAAACUACAUCAGAAUGACUGACCUAGGGGUCACCGUGAACCAACCAGUUUUCAUGCGCGGCAAGGAGCAGGCCAAGCAAUCCCUGGUCGAAGGCAUUGAAGUUCAUGACAGUGAAGAUGAAUGCUUUGAAGGAUCUUUUGGUGUGACACCGAUAAAACGAAUGAAGCUGACAUCAGUGACAAUAAGUUUUCAUAAUGUAGAAGGAAGCCUUGCAUCUGGAGAGAAUGAUUGCAACUUGGCAGAAACUGGUGGCAUUCAGGUCAAUGUUUGGAGCCACCGGCUGCGAGAGAGGAAGUAUCGAGUGAUAUAUUCAGAGAUUAGUGAUACUGAAGAGGAAGAAGAUGAUGAUUACUGAACUGACAGUCUAAAUGAGCCCACAGUGGAAGAAGGAUGGAGUGGCGACUCAACAUCACAGCUACAGCUUUGAAAGACUAAAUAUCAGCACUAUAGAUACAUACAUUUAUUUAUAUAUUUAUUGAUGAUAUACACUUAUACCUAUAUUCAUUUAUUUAUAAAAGUCUACUGGAAUUCUGAGUUAAA